AUGGUUGUUUGUAAUGUGCCUGCUGGGGAUUUUUCAAACUUUAGUAUAUCCGAUGCAGUUAUCGAGAAACUGCUUUCAAGAAAUAUCACUGAACUGUUUCCAGUACAGUUUAAGACCUAUGAUGCUAUAUCCUCUGGGAGAGAUGCAGUUGUUUUAGCGAGAACUGGCACAGGCAAAACUCUAGCAUUCUCCCUGCCGUUGGUUAACGCACUCAUCAGAAGACAAGGUAAUCUUCCAUGUAGUCCACUUGUAAUUGUACUGGCACCCACUCGAGAGUUGGUUACUCAAAUCGCCGCUGAUUUUCAGUCAAUUUGUGUUAAGGGGAUUAAAGUUAUUUCGGUAUAUGGAGGUGUACCAUAUAAGACCCAAUGUGAUGCACUUCGGUCUGGUUGUCACAUUGUUGUUGGUGCACCUGGUCGAGUUAUGGAUCUCAUCGAGAAAAAGGUUUUGAAACUGUCAUUUGUGCAGCAUGUUGUCUUGGAUGAAGUGGACCGUAUGUUGGACAUGGGUUUUAGCAAAGACGUUGAGAAGAUUCUGGCUGGCAUAUACAAAAGUGAUACUGCUGCAGAGAAGCCCCAAACACUCUUGUUCUCAGCCACUAUGCCAUCUUGGGUGUCAGAAAUAUCCAAAAACUAUUUGUCGAAUGAUGCCUUGGUGCUCUCUCUGAUAGAUGAGCAAGAAACAAGGACAUCUACAAGUGUUACGCAUUUAGCUCUUCUUUGUCCUUAUGACAGCCGUGCAUCUACCCUCUCUGACGUUAUAAAGGUUUACUGCAAGAGCCGUGAUUCUCGGUGCAUUGUGUUUUGUGAACGCAAAAAGGACGCGGACGAGCUGGCUGUAAACGAUGCAAUGCCACCAGAUUGUCAUGUGUUACAUGGUGACGUUCCGCAAGACAAAAGAGAGUUGGUUCUUCAGAAAUUUCGGGAAGGAAAAUAUCGUACUCUGCUCACAACUAAUGUUUCUGCCCAGCGUGGUAUGCUAUCCAGAAUUGAAUCUUUGGCAGGGAUAACAUUUCGUCGGAUUUCUGCCCCUACUAUCAAUGAUAUUGCUACUGCAUGGGGGGAAGGAAUAUUCAAGACAUUUUCUGCUGUAUCAAAAAACACUUGGUCGACAUUCAUACCAUUAGCCCUUUCAAUUUCUGAUCGAUUAGCUCAGGAGUCAAAAAGGAAAAAGCUGAAAACGGAUUCUAAUGACGACUCUUCACCUUGUGAUAUCAGUGUAUCUGAUCGCAAACCGAAAUGCAAAGAUUUGCUUCGUGCUCUUUGCUGUGCUUUGGCAUGUCUUAGCGGCAAAGAAGGUAUGAUUGAAAAGCGGUCAGUUCUCACAGCUCAGAUUGGUCGAACAGCCUACAAGCUGGAACUCGAAUUCAGCGCCAGAAACAAAGGAUUGGCCUUUACGACUCUGCGAAAUCAUUUACCAGAUAAUAUCGUCGAAAGUGUUCAAAGUUUAAGCUUCAUUCUUGGAAAGAAGGGAUAUGUUUUCGAUUUACCAUCGGAACAUGAUGAGUUCGUGAAGUCAAUAUGGCCAGAUAAUGGUCGAGCCAAACUUUCUCUGCUCACUGAAAUCCCGGAAUUGGAAGCUGAAGAAUUCGACUCAUUUUCCAAUCAAGGUCGCUCAGGUAAUCGGGGAGCUUGGCAAGGUCGGUUCUUCUCAAACUCUAGACAAUCAUAUAAACGUGGUUAUAAUAGUGGUUCAUUCAGUGGACCCAAAGUUUCUAAAUCCUUCAAAUUUGAUAAUGAUUAA